GACAAAACACGGACACCUAAAGGAGUCAGCGCGGUGACCUAAGGCAGAGCAAUUAACGCAAUAUUGAGACGCGGAUCUGCAAACAUUAUCAGCAUAACCCUCGCCACGAUGAGCACAUCAAGAAAGAGAGAGAUAUAUAUAUAUAGAGAGAGAGAGUGUAGCAGCCUGGCUGCAUCACACGCUGUAUGUACAUAUGUAUAAAUCCUAUCUAGGCUCUAUGAUAUAAAUAGGCCUUAUAAAAACGACACAAAACUAUUUAGCAGAUUCGAAAUAAAAUAAAUGUGCCACUAUUUCAAGUUAUGUUAUGCUGGUCUAGUCCUUCUCGUGUGCACGGCUUUAUCCCAGCUUAAACUUUUUCAGAGACUGUACAGUGUGUGAUACAGACAGACUGCUAUACUCACCUAUAUCCUUGCUAUCUCUCUCUACGCGACUCCCACCAUUGCUGUACGCAUUCCAGUAUGAUUAGAGUUCAGUGACUGUCGUUUCUUUAUACGUCCACGGAGUACCAAUCAUAGUAAAGCAAAAUCCAGCUUGAAUUUUAUUGGUUAUGCGGCGAACUCCCUUCCCUUCAUUUUGGCUUCACUUCCCUUGCUUAAAAUACCAGGUUUGCUCCAUCCCUAUAUUUUUAUAUCUAUGACCUUACCACCUAUAAUCCCUGAAAUGCAUCGGUGUCCCUUUGUAGAUGCUUUCCAGUUACAACUUGCAAUCAACACGUGGUUAGUAAGGUCCGACCGUGUGUUCGACAAUAUUUUUGAGAUAUGAUAUACCUAUCCACAAAAAUGGUAAAAUCUUGUUAUAUUAAGUCGUGUAAGCAAAAGUGGCGGCCCGAUAGCACUAUUUCUUUUCACAGGUAAUGUGAGUUAUAAUAUUAUAAAGAAAAUAUGUAGUCGUGCUUUGUUGUGACCGAAUCUGUUAUCUAUAAAAAAAUAUUCUCUACUCGUUAUUUACCACUUAUUUACGGAUGUUACGUUGUUAUGUAGCCGCCGAAAUUCAUUUAAUGUACCGCGUCAAAAAAAAUUAUGAAAAUUCCUGGUUCAGGACUUCGGACAUCUUUAUACGUCCCUGAAAAAAAAAAGGUCGUCCACUAUAUCGGCAAACUCUCUUGGUUCGUGCUUUUACUACAGUGAGCGCGUGUUCUGUGUGAAUAUGGUUCAGUGAUCUCGCUGGAGUAUUUCGUGUUUAAUUUAAGCGUGGAGCGGCAGCAAGUGAAUGUGAAUUUUUACCUUAUUUAACCAAUUUUAAGCUACAAAAGUAUAGUUAAUACAUAUUAAAUGUCAGAAGCAAAUGAAAUGGAGAAUGAUAGUGAUCCAGUGAUUAGGGAAAUACCAGUAUACCUGUCCAAAACAUUAGCGGAGAAAUUAUUUAUUUUUCAAUACCCAGUACGGCCUGAUCGUGAGGGAUACGAUAAUGCUGUAAUCUUAAAAUCCUCUAUAAAACCUGAAAAUCAAGAAGUCUGUCUCGAGGUAGCUGUUGAUACACAUAGUGCCAAUUAUGAUCAUAGUAAAGGAGAACAGAUUGCUAUCAAUGUUGAUGGAUCCUCAAGACAUGGUACAGAGGACGAAGAAAAAUUAUUUGAUAGCACUCUCAUGGACAAAACAGUCUUAGAAUCCUCCAGAGCUUUACCCGAUUGUUCAAAUUAUGCAGUUGGAGUGUUUCAAGAUGGAGAUUUACAUAUUACACCAUUGAAAGGUGUCAUUCAAUUACGACCGCAAUUUAAUUAUUUAGAUAAAAGUGAUAAACGUGCCAAGGAAGAGGCUAAGAAUACUGGUGAAGAGAUUGUUGAGGAGGAAGAACCAGCCAAACAAGUAAACGUAACGUUUGCACGCCAAGAACCCGAAUAUUUGAAAAAAAUGCGUGAGCAAUCAUUCCAACAUCAGACAAAGAAAAGUUCAGAGGAACAGUGGAUCAAUACGGAUUAUAUACCAGCCACCAACCCCCAGGCCGAGCUGACCCGCUUGGAAAUGUUAUGUACUAACACUGAAGAAUCAGUACACACUCUGAAUAUGAGUUCUCAGGAUUACCUAGGUCUUCUUGCUCCUCCAGCAAAGGAAGAAGAAUAUUCCAAAGCAAAUAUUUCAAAUCAUGUAACAUCCCUCAAUUAUAUUAGAACGUUACCAAUCUUGGAUCAAGUUCGAAUUCUCAUGAAAGAUGCAAAGGUCAUGUCAUUCCUACAAUUAAGGAGUCUUGUAGCACAGGACCAGGAGUCUGCUGUCAUACUGAAGUAUCUUCAACAGGUGGCUGUACUGGUGCAAGGUAACUGGGUCGUAAAUAGUGAACUUAUUUAUCCCAAAGACACCAUAUCCUCACACAGUGGCAUUCCAGCUGAGCUCAUGUGUAGAUCAAGAGAUUACAUUUUAUUAUCAUUUACGGAGCAUGAGUACAUAGAUAGACGUGCUAUAUCAUCAGUGAUAAAAUUGCCAUCAGAAGAGAUUCGUGAGAUAUUUACGAACUUAUCGAAGCAUCAACCAAAAAAAGGUUGGCACUUGAUAUUACCACCGAACAAGGAUUUCAUAGAAAGAUACCCAGAAAUAGUUCAACGACAAAACAUGUUCUGGGAAGCCAAGAGAAAGCAUUUACGUGAGGUUAUGAAGGCACAGAAUCAAGCACCGCAACGUCAAAGACGGAAGUCGAACAGAGAAUCCAUUGGGUCAGAAAAUGAGGAAAGAAACGUUGGUCGAGGUCGAAAAACAUUAAGGGAUUCAUCAGUCUCUGACAACGACAGCGCGACAGAAUCUGUCAAAAACAAAAAGAGCCACAGGUCUAGAAAAGUUUCAGAAACAACGUGACCAAUACCGGCGCAUAGGUAAAUAAUGUAAUUCAAGAUGGCAUCAAUUUUUAAUAUAUUAAUAACGUUUUGUUCAACUUCACCAUCGUAAUUCCUCGAAUCGAUUGUCUCUCGUGAACACUGCCGCAAUACAAAAUCAUCAACUGAAAUAAGCAAAUAAUUUAGAACCGAAUUUUAUAACGAAUAAUCAACAGAUGUUCCUAACUUGGAACUCGAAUUUCCAUAUAGCGUACCUAUACCUCUCAAUACUGAUACUGAUACUAUCUGCAUAAACAAAAUAUUAAAAAAAAACCUAUAUGAACACAAUCACGUCUGAUGCAUGAUUUAUCAGUGACUGAAGUCGUUCCAUGUAUAAUUAUGAGCGCUGAACGUAAGUGUAACGCGCGAGUCGUGUCAGCUUACUAAAAAAAAAAAAA